AUGGAAUUGACCUAUGUAGACGUGGAUAAUUCUGAAUUAUUUUAUUCUCAUUUACUGGGUAACAAAUUUUUCAGUGUUGGAACUCAAUGGAUAAAUUUAGAAAGAGAGUGUUCUGAGCAAAUAAAGAUCAUCUAUAAGUUUUGUAAUGUUAAAAAUGGAAAUUUGGAAGUUGAUCUAGAUUCUAUGGAAAUAAUGCACCUUGAUGAUUCUGGUAGCUGGGUUCCAGCUUCGAAUAUUUAUGGCAAACCAGUAUAUCUGGAGAGUACAGAACAAAUUAGCUCAAUAGGGAAAUUUAUUAACAUAGAAAUUCUAGAAAAUCAGCUUAAGAUGUUAAAUGAGCUCAUGUCACUCGAUCCAGAAUGUAAAUACCUCAUUCUUUCCAGAAUAAAGAUAUUAGCAUUUAUGGGUGAAAAAAUAGAUUAUAAUGAUCUAUACACGAAAAUCUCGCAAAUUGACUCAUUUAGAAAAUCAUAUUACGAUGAUAUGAAUUCCCAAUUAAAAAUAAGACCAAUACUCAAAAGGGCUAUAUCUGAGAAUGUUAAUAGUCCAGCAGUAGAUUUAAGUUAUAUGUCUAUUCACACGAUUAAAUAUCGAACUAUUACACCGUACUUUCAUAUACACUCUCUAAAUCUCAAAGGUAAUAACGUUUCUAACAAAACUCUUUUUGAAUCUGGGAUUCCAUUGCUCAUAUUCAUAGAACAUUUGGAUCUAUCUCAGAAUAAGAUAGAGAAUUUAUCAGAUAUUAUUGCUGCUUUUAAGCACAUAAAUUGUAUUAAAAGGUUGGAUUUAUCAAAAAAUCCGAUUACUCCCAUAAGGGAUGACACAAUCUUGGGGAUUCGAAACAUAGAGGAAAUUGACAUAUCACAAACACCCUUUGCCGAAAAUAUACUUUCUAUAUUUUGUAAAAAUAAUUUUAAUUCAGAAAAACUCCCAAAUUUUGGAAACUUUAUUGUAAACUGCGAGUUGAAAGAGGGCUAUGUUAUCACAGGUUCUACUGAUUGCAAUAGUUUUACCAAACUUUCGGACCAGUACAUCAUAACGUUAUCCAAUAAAGGAUUCUAA